UAUUUUCAGGAAAGCAAAUUAUUUGUCAGACAUGGCUCCUAAAUUUGUUUCGACAUGAAUGACGAAAUUGUUACAGAUGGAGAACUGGAAGAGCUGAAGUACGAAGUUUACGACGCAAUAAAGACGAUUCGAGACCCGGAGAAACCACAAGAUCUUGAAGAACUCGGCGUCGUGUCGGAAGACGGCGUCACCGUUGCGCGGUGUAAGUACAGCAAGGACGUGUUGGUGACAGUGACCCUGGUACCGACUGUACCACAUUGUUCUCUGGCCACGCUGAUUGGAUUGUGCGUGAGAGUUCGUUUGGAGCAAGCCUUAUCGAGGAAGGCAAAAGUCGAUAUCUUCAUAGCUGAGGGGGCACAUGAUACAGCACCGGAAAUUAACAAACAGCUGAAUGACAAAGAGCGUGUAGCCGCAGCAAUGGAAAAUCCGAAUUUGAAAGAAAUGGUUUUUGGGUGCCUCGACUUUCGUCAGUGA